UGAAAAGAGUGAUUUCGGGGAAAGAAAAAAGAAACAUGUAUAUAUUGGUAGUAAAUUUAGUUCUCAAUUUGUUUUCUUAAUAAAUAAAAUAUACUAAAAUAUGAACUUAAUUUCUCGAACUUGAAGUUAUCCAAAUCCAACAUAUGAUAAAAAUUUCACAUUCAUAUUGAUCAUCAUCACGUCCCUCUUAUAUUAACCCCUCUCUCUCUUCUUCCCCACAAAGCAUUAUUAUUUCCAUCUAUUCCGUUGUCUUGGAGAUACCCUUACCAAAGAAACUCUUCCUAUCAUCUGUCAGGGAAAUAUUUUGCAGUGUCUGCCAGUUGAAGGGAGCUGGUCUCACCAUGGCAAGAAUGUUAAAACUAUCUUUAUCUGUGUCCCUUUUUAUGUGCUUGAUUUUAUCAUCCUAUGCACAAACUUGUGCCAAGUACGCGUUCUCUAGCAACCGCGUCUUCAGGUCAUGCUCUGAUCUUCCUGUCUUGAACUCUUUUCUUCAUUAUAACUAUGGCUCGUCAGGAAAGCUCGAGAUUGCCUAUAGGCACACAAGGAUCACGUCCUCAAGAUGGGUUGCAUGGGCCAUAAAUCCAACCUUAACAGGCAUGGUUGGAUCACAGGCACUUGUUGCCUACCAACAGACCGAUGGAAGCAUGCGAGUGUACACAUCACCCAUCACACAAUACCAAACCCAGCUGCGAGAAGGUGACCUUAGUUUUGAUGUCUCAGAAUUGUCCGCAACGCAUGCAAACAAUGAGAUCAUCGUAUUUGCUACCUUGGGACUUUCUAAUAAUGGCACUACUCUAAAUCAAGUAUGGCAAGAAGGUUCCCUUUCUGGUAACACCCCACAGAUGCAUGCCACUUCUGGUGCUAACGUUCAGUCGAUGGGCACCUUGAAUCUGCUUUCUGGUGAGGCUAGAACAACUGGAGGGGGAAGCUCAAGACUUAGAAAGCAAAAGAUUCACGGGGUGCUAAACACAUUCGGUUGGGGUAUCUUGAUGCCCAUCGGUGCUAUAAUAGCGAGGUACUUGAAGGUAUUCAAAUCUGCUGAUCCUGCAUGGUUUUAUCUGCACUCUUCUUCUCAAUUCGCAGCCUAUGUUGUGGGCGUUGCCGGAUGGGGUAUGGGUCUCAAACUCGGCAGUGAAUCUCCUGGUAUUCAAUUUGAUGCCCACAGAACCAUUGGGAUUAUCCUUUUCUGUCUUGGAACACUUCAGGUAUUUGCUUUGCUUCUAAGGCCAAAACCAGACCACAAAUACAGAUUCUACUGGAAUAUCUAUCACCAUUUAGUGGGAUACACUGUGAUAAUCCUUAGUGUCAUCAACAUAUUCAAGGGAUUCGACAUCCUGAAACCUGAGAGGAAGUGGAAGAAUGCUUACAUUGGUGUCAUCGUGGCUUUGGUUUUCAAUGCUGUCAUGUUGGAAGCCUACACAUGGUUUGUUGUGGUAAGGAGGAAAAGGUCAGAAAGUGCAGGUAAAAUUCCGCAUGGCGUCAAUGGUGCAAAUGGAAGUGAGGUUAACGGCCAUGGUGUUAGGCCACAGCAGGCUUAGAAACUUUGCUCGAUAUAUCUUCUGGCCUCCAUGGUGGUUUUCCUGUUUCCUUUUUUUUCUUUAUGUCUUACUCAGACAGGCAUGAUGUUGGACGGACCCUCAGUUAUAUUUAUGUAUGAGAUUGUCUGAGGGAAUUCAGGAUUAGAAGUUAUUCUUUCAUAGCCUAUAAGUAGUUCUAGGAAACUCUGGUUGUACAUUGUAUUCUUCAUGCUUGAAUGAGACUUUUCAGUAAAUGUUCGAAGAGACCAAAAAUCAUUGCUGGGCUUGUAUAUUAAAAAUCCUAACAAAAAGCUACAAAGUUGCUUGAUGUAUCAUAUCAAGUAUAGGCAAUUUCUGGCUUUCGUAGAUUAUCAGUGCUGCCUCAUUGCGAUUGCUGCAAAGCCUAAACAAAUGCAUCUUUCAGGAAUGGAUUUGAAGCAGCAACUUGUGGAGAUGUAAACAAAAAACAUCAGUGGUCAACAUUAAGUAUAAACCUUCAAGCUUCAACUGAUUCUCUAUGUUGGUCCUAACAUUAGAUAAACUAAAAACCUUUCAGAAAUUUAAGAUUGCAUAUUGCGGAAGGCUGCUUCUUCUGUUUUGAAACAACAGUCCAUGUUUAUAGACAAUUUCAUUCGACACAGAAAAAAAAAUAUUGGAGAUAUGUAAACCAUUUUGUUGUAAUUAUUAAUUACUGGAAGUACCUUCGAAUUCGAAAAACAUAACAACGAGAAACAAGCAUUGGAAACCACAAAUUUAGAGUUGAAUCAAGUAUCUUAGUGAGUUUUUCUAUCUUCACCGCACCUGUCCCUCUCCCCAAAAACCAGCUGGUUUGUCUUUUUCCGUCCACAUACGUUUAUGUCAGCAUUCAUAUGUAACGUUGCGAAUUACAGAUAAUGAUAAACUACGAUUCUAAGAAAUAGGAAUAUAAAGAGGAGCCAUCGAUAAAUCUUUUGGUUUUGAUAUUGCUGUUGAAGAAGCUUAUAUGGCCAUUAAUGCUGCACCUACGAAGGUAGGUAGGAAGCAUGGAAAAUGGCGUUCAAAUUGUCAAACUCAUGGGAAGAUACAGCUGUGGCAAAGGCUAAAAUGAUGAUUUAGGAGUGAAGUUUAAUGAUACUUUUAAUGGUGAUUAUGGAGUUGAGUCCAUAAACAUAUAGGUUUAUAAUUGUACUGAUUUUUUGUUUAGAUUAAGGAGUAAAGCGAUCAUUUUGUAAUAUUAAACAGUGUUAGCUAAUUUAUUUAAGGGACAAAAGGUUUUUUUUUUUUUUUUGUAAUAUUAAACAGGUAUCAGCUUUUGAUGCUUUGAAAUUCUUUUAACAUGUAGUAGCAUAGAUAUUACUAUAUGAGAAACGAAACAGGGAAGAAAUAAAAAAAAAAAAAAAAAAAA